UUGAUAGGCGGCACGGUGGCGGCGCGACCAAUCGGUGGCGGCGCCUCAUGACUAUGCGAUGAAAGCUUGGCCGGCCAUUGCGAAGGCGCUGGGGUGACAGCGCCAAGCGCGCGACGGCUGAAAGGUGGGCGUCGCCCGGUUGGUUGGCGGUUGGCUGACUCGAGAUGGCGGCAGCGGCCUUGUAUUUGGAGCACUAUCUGGACAGUCGGCGCAGUUGCUUAAAGCAGUUUCAAGAGCAAAAGCGAUCCCUCUCCUUUAACGAUUUCGCUCUUGGAAACAAUUGAGCCGUCGCGGAUUUUUUAAAAGCGAAGUUGCAAUUCUUCUGACUGGCUCAAAAGAGUCCUACCGCAAGCUUCCCUUCAAUGUCAAUACCGAUGAGAGAAUUGUGCAAACGUCGGAACCGAUGCUAUCAUUCAGAACUGCAGUGAGGAAAAACUCCCAAGAGGCAACCAGGAAAGAACCAGAAGUCGGCUAGAGUCCAGCAUUCACCGUCUACAGGCAUUGAAAACCUGCCCUGUGAAUUACAGAGAAACUUCCAACUUAUGCGUGAACUGGAUCAGAGAACAGAAGACAAGAAAGCAGAAAUUGAUAGUCUUGCUGCACAAUAUAUUUCAACCGUGCGGGAUCUGUCAUCAGAGCAAAGAGUAGAAAUCUUGCAGAAGAUCCAAAAUGCUUAUACAAAAUGCAAAGAAUAUAGUGAUGACAAGGUGCAGUUGGCCAUGCAGACCUAUGAGAUGGUGGACAAGCACAUUCGACGGCUAGAUGCUGACCUUGCCCGAUUUGAAGCUGAUCUGAAGGAUAAGUUGGAAGGCAGUGAUUUUGAAAGCCCUGUGACACAAAACUUAAAAAAGGGAAGAAUUCCAAAGGAUAAGAAAACCUCCCGUGGUCGAGGCCGGCGGACAUCAGAGGAAGAUGCUCCAGUGAAAAAGAAACCAAAACGAAGCAGAUCUGAAUUAGCUGAUACCAUCCUAUCGGUUCACCCUUCUGAUGUCUUGGACAUGCCAGUGGAUCCCAAUGAACCCACAUACUGCUUGUGUCAUCAAGUAUCUUAUGGAGAAAUGAUUGGGUGUGACAACCCUGAUUGUCCAAUUGAAUGGUUUCACUUUGCUUGUGUGGAUCUCACGACCAAACCCAAAGGAAAAUGGUACUGUCCUCGCUGUGCGCAGGAGAAGAAGAAGAAGUAGAAAUGAUAUAUAGUAUGAAGAAAAGGUUUUAAUAUAUUCAUAUGUUGCAGUAUUUUGUUUUCAUCACCAACCCAUCUUGUUCGGCCUGAAAUAAUGCAGUAGGCAGGUGUUCUUUUUAUUAGCCAUGUGAAUGUUAAAAGUGAUGAUACAGGAAGUUCAUUAGUGAUGAUUAUUUGGGUUACAAGUACACUUCGUCAUUACAAUCAAAGAUAUGAAGUACUCAAGAAAAGAUCUGCACUGGAAUUUCUUAUAUACUGAAACCUGUGAAAACUGCCUGUGGCCUUUCAUGUGAAUAAGAUAGCAUCUUUUGUUGUCACAAAAUGUAGUCACUUUGGGAAGCUUUCACCAGUGCCAUUUCACUGGCAGAAUGACAUGUUUUCUCUUGUAUUUUCCAAUGCAUCCUCUAAAAUUAUUUUAGAGAUUUGGAAUGAGCAUUGGGAAAUCAGUUCAGAAUGAAGUAAGAGUCCUGUUAUGUGAGAAGAAUAGGCUUGCAUAAUUUUUUAUGCAAACCUUUGCUUUGCACAAUAAAUGUAUGAAGUCUUUUAAAUCUAGUAUCAAUAUCUUUAUCAUUGUUGAUAAGAUGUAGAAUCACAUAGUUCACUUUUUUAGGUAGAUUUUCCAUUUGCAUAACAUUUGAUUCUGUCGAGUGGGUUGAGAUUUUUCAGUGUACAAUUUUGCCACUUUGGAAAUAAGUUUGCAAAGUUAUAUUUUACAAAAUUGAUUGGGGGAAUUCACAAUGCUUAUUUCAAAAUGCAUAUUGUUUCUGUGUACUGUCCCCUCUGAACUUCAUUCUGGUUUCACUGAAACUGGAUGCAUUGCUCUCAUUCCUGCUGAUAAGCAAUACCUGUGAUAUUAGUAUAGCAUAAAUCCCUCAUAAAAUAAGAUUUAAUAUUUUAAAAUAAGUUUGGAUUAAUAAAGGACCAGGAAAAUUAGUUUUCAGGGAAUAACAGUUUUAGAAAAUGAGAUGUUUCCAUAACUGCACAAAAGUGUUUGACAGAGUGUUAUGCAGUAUGUUCAUGUUGUGACUUCACUGAGAUACUUUCUACUACCCACUGUAAAUAUUAGCAUUCUUUUCUGAUUUUCUCAGGUAAUAGAUAGGCAUUCCCCCCCAACACACACACACACACACACACACACACACACACAGAGCUUUUUGUUGUCCAUUCUCUCAUAGGUAGGUAAAGGUUUGCAUGCUUUUGUAUGAUUCAUGAACCCGACAAUUCUGUUCAGCUAGAUGAAAACAUACACUUGUUCGCCAGGGAUUCUACCAUACAACCUUCAGCUUUUAAAUAGUAUAUUUUAAUUUUUUAAAAAAUAAAAAGUGAAGUCAGUUUAAAUGGGAGGAAUGCGCUUUUGAAAAUAUCUAGUUGCCUAAUUUGCUAGAAUUGGUUUUAGCUUGUAAUGUAAAAAUGGUUGCCAGAAAUGUUAGCAAUCAGUACCUUUCUUUAAACAAUUGUCACCAUUACAUCUGCAGUAUCAAAAUGAACCCCAUUUCAAUCUGGAAAAGCUGAUCUCUAGAAUGUUGCAAAACCCUUAAAACUGUUAGUUUACAUUUAGAAAAAGAACUUGGUUUUUAUUAUGGAAAGAAUGCAAAUUCUUAUAGUUUUAUACACACAAUUUUGUAGUUACUAAUGCAGUUCAGUUACAAUAUUCUUUGUACCAUUUUAUGUUUUCUUAACUCUACUUGCUUUCUAAAAGUGCAAACUGCAUUAUUUUCCUAAGAAGGAGAGAAGAAAUAACAUUGUAGUAUUCAUGUCAUAGGGUCCUUGUAUGCUUCUGAAAUGUCGUGUUGCUCUACAGUGGUACUUUGGUAGUCAUUGGUUCUGGGAGGCGCAAUGAGUACCCAAACCUUUUCCCCCCCAAAAGGAAUAAUGUCAAUAAAUUUAAUAUGUUACCAACCAAAAACAAUGCACAUUUUAAGUCAAUAUGUAAAAAGCUAGGAUUGUAUAACAUUCCUUUACAUGAGCAACAAGCCUAAAAAUUAAUAAAUAAAUAAAAUAAAAUAAAACUUCACUCUAACUACUGAUGAGGAAAAAAGUACAAAAAUACACAAAAUGACCACAGAAGCUAAGACUGCAAGGGGAUGUGCACAGGGCAAGGACUAUCACAGGUCACCCUUUGUUUUGGCUGGAAAAGUUAGUGAAUCAUGAGGCAACUGACACCUUGUGUGUUGAGUCCCAAACAAACAACUACCAGGACAAAAUUUUCUCAUCAGAAUGCAUCAAGUACCAAAUUUGAUGAGUUUCAAAGCAGUUGAGUACCAAGGUACCACUGUAUAGUGUUCUGUUUUCAACAUUAAGGAAUUUUAGAAGACAGGCUUUGUACCAAGUCUCUGCACUAAGUUAUGGUAAAUUCCUAGAAAAGAGCAAAAGAUAAAGGUGAAAUUGUGGGUGUAUAUUCAUCUGCUAUAAAAUAAAGUGUGCCUCUGUAGGUAGUGAUGCAUCAGUUGACUAAUCUUUUAAAGUCUGCCAGAUGCUUGGUAAUUCUGUUUUACAAUUGUAUCAUUAAAAAAAAUUGAGUACCUUAUGAGAUUCUUGAGCAUUGUUACAUAGUUUUUAUAAUAGUGCCAAGUCACAGUUUUUCUAGCCUCCAAUAAAACAGUUAUUAUGCAUUCUUAUUGACAGCAGUUUUUGUAAGAAUUCACAUACUAGUAGUUCAGUUAUUAACAAAUAGUAAUUAUGGCUUUUAACCUUCCAUUCCAGAUUUAGAAGAAAGUGACAUUAUACUACAAUAACAAUUACUUUUAAAUUAUGUUUUUCCUGUCACUAAAGUAUUAUAGAUUGAUAGUAAAGGCUCUUUUUA